GAGAUUUACCCUGCUUGUUUGGUGAGUGUCAGCUGACCUCACUGGGAAAAUUUGUUAACGAAACCGUACGAAACUAUCCACAGUCAUGUCCCGUAUCGGCGAUCAGUUUAUCGAUCGAUAACAGCGUGUAUGACAGCGAGUAAAGCAUGUGCUGAAGAUACAUUCUUUGUCAAAUACUUUACAUCAGUUGUACCCUUAUAUCGGAGUCUACUGAGUCGCGUCCGACACCAUGCUAGCCACAGUGACUGCUGUGGUUAGGUUUGCUCAAUACAAUGGCAGUAUUUCCCCUACACCAUUGGAGAACACAUCGACAUUCCCAACUUGGCAAUCUGAUACUGAAGCCAACAUCACCAAGCCUCACAAAUGUUUGCAAGUUCUGUACGAGGACAUUGGAGACUCCAGGGUACGGUUCUGGGACAUUUUACUGCUCGUGCCUAAUGUGGCCUUCUUUGUAUUCCUGAUGUGGAAGCUGCCCUCGGCCAGGGCAAAGAUUCGACUCGCCUCCAGCCCCAUCUUCGUCACCUUUUACUUGCUGGUGUUUGUUGUAGCGGCGGUUGGAAUCACCCGGGCUGUAGUGUCUAUGACUGUCAGUGCGUCCAGUGCUGCCACCAUCAUUGACAAAGUGCUGUGGGAAAUCACCCGCUUCUUCUUGCUGGCUAUUGAGCUCAGUGUUGUUAUCUUGGGACUGGCUUUUGGUCACCUGGAGAGCAAGUCCAGUAUAAAGCGAGUGCUGGCUAUCACUGCAGUGCUGGCUCUGGGCUACUCUAUCACACAGGGUACACUGGAGAUCCUGUAUCCAGACAGUCACCUGUCCGCUGAGGACUUUAACAUCUAUGGUCACGGAGGACGGCACUUCUGGUUGGCCAGCUCCUGCUUCUUCUUUCUGGUGUACUCUUUGAUUGUGAUCUUGCCCAAAACUCCAGUGAGGGAAAGAAUUUCUCUUCCAUCUAAGAGGAGUUUCUAUGUCUAUGCUGCUAUCCUGUCUUUACUGAACCUCGUCCAGGGCCUGGGCAGUGCUCUACUAUGUGCUGGAAUCAUUGAGGGACUCUGCUGUGUGGAUGUCACCACCUUCUUGUACUUCUCCGCCUUUGCGCCACUCAUUUAUGUCACGUUCCUCAAGGGCUUCUUUGGUUCAGAGCCCAAGAUUCUGUUCUCCUACAAGUCACAGGUGGAUGAGCAGGAUGAAAGUGACGUCCACCUUCCCCCCACCAUCGCUACCACCCUUGGCCGUAAGGAGCUGACUGACCAAGGCCUGUUUUACUCCUCCACCCAGAUCGAUGGCUCUGGUCCCGGCAGCUCUCGUAUGGUUGGAGCAUACCUGGAUGAUGUUGCCUCCGGACCCUAUGGGUCCAGCAGCAUUAACAGCGUUGAAGCUGACCGCUGGAGACCCCUCAAUGUGUGAAUGAAUGAAGAAGAGAGGUGGUUAUACAGCUGGACUUAAAUGUUGUGCGUGUAUAGUGUGCAAUGCAGGCUGGCGAUCAGAAGAGUUGGCC